AUGGCAACAGAGCUCAUAGUGGGGCCAAACGACAACGUGCAGGGCGUGCGGACGUUCUUUGGAGUGGACUUUCUGGCCAAGGCUGUUGUGCUCACCACAGGUACAUUCAUGAACGGUCGCAUCUGGGUGGGACGGCAGUCCCUCCCAGCAGGCAGAGCAGGCGAGGGUGCCUCCCUUGGCCUCACCGAGUACCUCCUCUCCCUCGGCUUCGAAUCCGACCGUCUAAAAACCGGCACCCCCCCGCGGAUCGACAUCCGGACCGUCGAUUUCUCUCGACUAGCAGAGCAACCAGGGGACGACCCUGAAGCUGACGGUGUGGGGGAGCGGUGGUUCAGCUUUGAUGAGAGCGUGUGGAGGCGGAGGGAGCAGAUGAGCUGCUGGUUGACCCGCACAACAGCGGAGACCCAUCGGCUGGUGGAGGCGAGUUUGCAUGAGACGCCCACGUAUGGCGGCUGGGUGGACGGCCGCGGACCACGCUACUGCCCCAGCAUCGAGGACAAGAUAGUGCGGUUCAAGGACAAGGAGUCACACCAGAUCUUCCUAGAGCCUGAGGGUCGAACCGUGCCAGAGCUCUACGUGCAGGGGUUCUCCACGGGUCUACCAGAACGCCUGCAGCUGGCACUACUUCGCUCCCUACCAGGCUUGGAGCGUUGUUCCAUGCUGAGGCCUGCCUACGCUGUGGAAUACGACUACCUGCCGGCGUACCAGUGCCAACGCACCCUCAUGACCAAGAAAAUUGAGGGGCUGUUUUUUAGCGGGCAGAUCAACGGCACGACUGGAUACGAGGAGGCUGCUGCUCAGGGGCUGAUUGCAGGGAUCAACGCGGCCAGGCUGGCGGAUGGGAAGCCGUUGAUUGCACUGGAGAGGGAGAGCAGCUACAUCGGCACUCUCAUUGAUGACUUGGUGACCAAGGACUUGAGAGAGCCGUACCGCAUGCUGACAAGCCGUUCAGAGUUCCGGCUGCUACUGCGAUCAGACAAUGCUGACGUUCGCCUCACACCCAUGGGGCGGGAGAUCGGGCUGAUUGACGACCGCCGGUGGGACAUGUAUUUGGCGAGACAGGCGAGGAUGGACGCUGAGAAAGAGAGGCUCAAGCGGUACAAGCUGGCAGCCUCACACCCAGCCAUCCCGGCAAUAGAGCAGCUGUCAGGCGCAGUGCGGCACGGCACAACGCUGGAUCAGAUCCUCCGCCGUCCGCACAGGCAGAAGCAGCAGCUGGAGCAGGUGAUAGCCAAGGAGCACCGCCGCAUUCCCGAGGACAUUGACUACGACUCCAUUGCCACCAUCUCCAAGGAGGCCCGCGAGAAGCUCUCCAAGAUUCGCCCAGCCACCAUCGGGCAAGCGUCUAGACUGGGUGGGGUCAACCCUGCUGACAUCACGGCUCUGCUCAUUUUCCUGGAAGUGCAGCGCCGGAAGAAACUAACGGCAAAUGGAACCAUGCCAACUCGGCCUGGUGGUGUGGAGAACGGUGUCAUUGAUGGUGGUGCAUUAAUGUCGAAGUGUGUUGCAACCGUCGAGGUUCAGUAUGUUCCAACUGAGGAACUUCAGCCCGUUGAAGAUUUGGAGAGCGUCCUUGCCGGUAUUGGGGCGAAGCUUGAAUCGAAAGACUGGUUCGUGGUUUGCGAGGGGCUUAUCGAACUCCGGAGGGUUGCGAAGUUCAACAGCGAACACCUGACCGAAAGACUCGAAUCCUAUUUUGAUCCGAUGCUGAAGUCCCUGAAGAACCCCAGGAGCGUUCUCAGAAAGACACUAUGGAUGACCUUGGAGGACCUGUUUAGGUUCAACACGACGUGCAUGGAAGGGUCGCUUGAAUCCUUGAUGCAACCUUUGCUUAUCCAAGCUUCACAAGAUAAUAAGUUCAUGGUUGAAGCUGUUGACCGUGCACUUUCCACAAUGGCUUCGACUCUUAAUCCUGAAGUCACCCUGAAAGCGCUUCAAACGUGCAUCGCGCAUAAGAGCCCGAGAGUACGAUCAAAGGCGAUGAUUUACGCCUACCAAGCGGCAGUUCGACUGAACCCGGAUCAGGUCAAGCUGAUUGGGCUGGAUGUGCUUUUAAAGAUUGCCGCAACUCAGAUGAAGGAUCAAGUCCCGGAGGGACGGGAAGCAGCUCGGAAGCUUGCAGUGUACCUUCACUUACUAUAUGUUGCUAUGGAAGAUGCGGCUGCGGAGAGCCAGGGGACGUCCGAACCAUGGGAGGGAUAUUGCAGCAAAAGGCUUUCGUCGACUGAUGCUGCGGCGGUGCUGAAGGUUUCAGAGUCACAGGAAUCUUUCAAGCUUCAAAGGCCCACCAACGGGAUUACAAUUGACCGUCUUCCCUCGCGCGUUCCACGGGACUCGGAGGAACAGGCACAGCCACCUGCGUGCGACCCGAACUCGUGUCCAGCGACAAUUAAAGCGAGAGAUUCAGAGGAUGAGGAUAUAGAGGCUUGGGAAGAACAGUACGAGGGUGUGGACGAUGAGGAUUCUCCAUUUAGUUCAACUUGUUCGUUCUUAGAACCAGGACAGGCGUUUGUGGGGACGCAGAAUGUGUCAUCGUCAUCUUCCUCAGGCGACUCUUCUCCUCCGUUAUCAGGCAUGGAGCGGGACGAAGCGUGGCGGGUGACGGUGCGCAUCCAGCAGUGCGACAUGCGGAGAGGGUACCUGUGCGGAUCCAUGGAGGCUCUUAACGUUCCCUCGACUGACACCUCGGUGGUAACCUUUUGGGAUGGAGAGAUUGUGGACGGCAAGAACUAUUCUUUCUUCACAGGGCAAUGGGAUGCCACUCGGGAAACUGACAUCAAGCACUGGUCUCGCUUCCCAUGCUUCGUGCAGCUCAAGGAAGCAGCACUUAAGGACGGAGCUCGAUCCGUAAACCUCUCGACAUUCCCCUACAUCUUCAUGCGGUGGAAGGAGAAGUUCUUUGUGAACGUGGGGCCGGACUGUGGGCUCACCAUAGCGGGAUUCUAUUAUGUGUGCUUCAAUCGGGAGGAUGGGAGUGUCACAGGCUACUACUACGACCCCAGCAGCAGUCCCUUUCAAAAGCUGGAGCUUCAGCCACAGCAGCUGAGCUCAUCUGGGUACACAUCUGGCACAUUCGCUCUCUGCUAG